AUGAAGGUCGCAAUCGUCGGGGCCACUGGCGAGACCGGCCGAUCCAUCGUCAAUGGCCUGGCGAACUCGUCCACUAUUUUUGAGAUAACAGCUCUGGUGCGCCCCGCAUCGAAGGAUAAGCCAGCAGUGCAAGCUCUAAAGACAAAAGGGGUGCAAGUGGUCCCAAUUGAUCUUCAAGGGCCGCUGAACGAGCUUGUCAGCGUUUUGGAUGGCGUCGACAUCGUCAUAUCUGCUAUUCAUUAUCAAUCUCUGGCGGAUGAGAUACCACUAUCAAACGCUGCCAAGGCCGCUGGUGUUGGACGAUAUGUUCCAUGCUUCUUCGCCACGAAGGAGGAUAUCCUGGAUCACAUCCAACGGCUUUGUCUUCCUUAUACCGUGAUCGACGUCGGAUGGUGGUUCCAGCUCACGCUCCCAGAUGUGCCCUCCGGCCGCUUCAGUUACGCUCUCGUGGCCCCAAGUAACACCAUUGUCGCCGGAGGCGAUACACCUUGCGCCCUAACGGAUGUCCGUGACGUAGGGGUAUACGUUGCGAAAAUUAUCACCGAUCCACGCACCCUGAAUAAGAAAGUGUUUGCGUUUACGGAAACGAAAACCCAGAACCAGGUUUUCGAAUUGGUGCAGAAGAUGAGCGGGGAGAAGCCGAUAGGCAGCGAGCUGUCGGCAGCUAAUCUGAAGCAAAAAGUGGCGGAACUCAUGAAGUCCUCUGCGAUCAACCAAGUCCGGGCCCAGUUCGAAUACUGGAACUCGUGGGGUCUACGGGGUGAUAACACACCAGAGUAUGCCAAGUAUCUAGGGUAUCUCAUCGCUGACGAAUUGUAUCCUGGUCUCAAAGGCCAAAGCCUAGAGGCGUUUAUUCAAGAUAUCAUCGAUGGGAAGGGGGAGAAGGUCUAUAGUAGCUAA